AGUUUUUACCCUGCAAUCGUCCGACCUAGUUUUGAUCAUUUAUCAGUGUUACGUAAUUAGAAUUACGCGAUAAGCGGGAAACUGAACUCUAUACAAGAACAGCAAUGCGAAGUGCCUAAGAUCAGAAAAUGGCUGCAGAGACUAUGAAUAGGCGUAUUUGGAAUAAUCAAGAUAUAUCAACAUCUCACAGAGACAUUGUAGAUGACAAAUAUAGAGAAUUAAGAAGACCGAAAAAAUUAAGAUUCUUCGCAAAUGGAGACCGAUAUUUUAAAGGGAGAAAACUGUAUAUUACCCCUCAUAGAUACGUAAAUUUUCAAGAUUUGCUCAAUGAUUUGACGGAUAAAUUAAGUUCCAAUGUUACUUUGCCUUAUGGGGUUCGUCAGAUUUAUACACCCAUGAGGGGGAAAAGAGUCAGAGAUAUUGAAGAGCUUCAAGAUGGUAGUUCUUAUGUUUGUGCUGGUUUUGAAGGUUUUAAAACGCUAAAUUACGGUGAAGGUCCUCCCGAACCUUGGAGUUUGUCUAGUAAAGUACACCAACACGACUUUUAUCGACCUCUCCUGGAUGGUUUUCAUCCUUCAAGACUCCGCCAAUCAUAUCCUCCAAAAAGAUACCUACCUCCCGGAACAUUUGGCAGUAGAGCUGGACCUGGUAGCUACUGGGCAUCAACUUCGAGGAAUGAAGUUCCCAACUACAGACCGAAAGUAAUUACUGUUGUUAGAAAUGGACAACGUCCAAGAACGAAUGUAAAAAUUUUACUGAACAGAAGAGGAAUUAAAUCAUUUGAGGAGUUAGUCACAGAUAUUUCGGAAGCAUUCGGUCCUAAAUAUAAAAACAACAAAGUAAAGAGUUUAUAUACCCUAAAAGGAAGGGAAGUAAAAGGUGUUGGUGAUGUUUUUCGGGACGAUGAUGUUUUCGUCGGGGUUGGAAACGAGAGUAUCACAGGAACUGAUGUCCAGGAUAUUUUGGAAGAAUUAUACCCCGACUCUCCUUAUGCCAAAAAUUUAGCCAAACUCUGGGAAAAGAACAGGAAAAAAGGUAGAAAAUUCGAAGAGGGUAAGCAGGAUGAUAGUGGCAUUGGUAGUGAAGGAUCUGAAGAUCCCGAGAGAAUGCUUAAGAAAGCAAGGAAAAAGAAUCUCGAAGCUCAAAGACUAAGGUAUGCUGAUGAAGAACGGGAAAGAGCCAGAAGGGCUAAACAUAGAAGACAAGAGCUAGAAAGAAGAGCACUGGAAGAUGAAAGAAAAUUAAGAGGCUUACAACCCUAUGAGGAUAAAGAGGGAGGACGAUGGUCUCCCAGAAAGCCAAGAGACGAAGAAUCCAAAAUAAUUGUAGUGCAAAAGGGUGAUGAAGGAAAUAAUAAGAAGAAAUUAACUCCAAGAAAUAAAGGAGCUGACAAAGAGCCAUAUGAUAACGAAAAAUUACUAAAAGAAAAGAAUGAUAAGCAUGAUAGGAGGGAUAAACAGCCAAAAGGUUCUAAAGCUGAUGAAGACAAAAGCAAACUCGCAGGAGUCAAAUUAUUAGCUGUGGGUCAAGGAAAAGAAAAUAAUAAAGAUACGGACACAGAGAAAGAUAAUGAUAAAGGCAAAGAAAGUCAGCAAGAUUUAGAUAAAGACGAUGGAGCAAAGAAAAGAGGAAAAGACAAACCUACAGGUUUUAGAAUUUUAGAAAUUGAACAAGGUAACGAAGAGGAUACAGAAAAAGAGAAAAAAGAUAAGGAAAAGGAUGAAAAAGCAAAAGAAAAAGAUAAAAAAAUAACAGAUAAGGAAAAGGACGAAAAGUCGAAGGAAAAAGAUGAAAAACUAAAGGAAAAGAAAAAGGAAAAGGAUCCUGUUAAAGAGAAAUUAAAAGAAAAAACAAAAGAAAAAACAAAAGAAAAGACCGAAAAUGACAAACCAAAAAAGACAAGUACAAAAAUGGACAAUAAAGAAAAUAAAGAUAUUCCGGAAGAAACUGAAAAGAAGAGUAAAUCUAAAGUUGAAAAAAAAGUAAAAGAUAAGUCCGAAAUAGAAAACAAUGAGAAAGUACCAAAAAAAACCGAUAGACCUCGAUCAGUAUUGCAAGAACCCGAUGCUAUUAGAACACCUUUAAAGGAAAAACCAAAACGUAAAAAGAGUAAACAGAUUGUUUACAAAACUAAAUUGGAACGACAAAUUACUAGUCCGCAAACUGUUUUUGAUAAAUAUGAAAUAACUAGCAAAAAACCAUUAGGAGAUGGAAAUUUUGCUAUAGUUAAACCCUGCAGAUUAAGAAAACCUCCUAAUACUGAUUAUGCCAUGAAAGUUAUCGAUAAAGCCAAAUUGAAAGGAAAGGAGCAAAUGAUUGAAAAUGAAAUUGAAAUCAUGAAAGACUGCAAUCAUCCGAAUAUCUGCAAAUUGAUUGAAGAGUAUGAAACCGGAGAUGAAAUAUAUCUAAUAAUGGAAUUAGUAAAGGGUGGAGAUUUAUUCGACGCUAUAACUCAAAGUGUAAAAUUCGGGGAACAAGAAUCUUCAAGUAUGGUAAACGACUUAGCAAAUGCCCUCUUUUAUCUACAUUCAAGAAAUAUCGUCCAUAGAGACUUGAAACCUGAAAAUCUUCUGGUUCAUAGAAAUACUGAUGGUACAAUAUCUUUGAAAUUAGCUGAUUUUGGUUUAGCAAUGGAGGUAACGAAACCAUUGUUUACCGUUUGCGGAACUCCUACUUACGUUGCUCCGGAAAUUCUCCUAGAAAGCGGCUAUGGUCUAGAAAUAGACAAUUGGGCUGUUGGUGUAAUAAGUUACAUUUUACUUUGCGGGUUUCCUCCAUUCCGAUCGCCUGAUAGGAAUCAGACUGAGUUGUUUGAAUUCAUUAAAGCCGGAGAAUUUGAAUUUCUAAGGCCUUAUUGGGAUGGAAUCUCAAAACUUGCUAAAGACUUAAUCGAGAAACUGCUCGUAGUAAAUGUAAAGAAAAGGUACACAGCCAUCGACAUUUUAUGUCAUCCGUGGAUAAUUACUAGGGCAGGAUCAAUUCCUGGUCCUGAUAAUAUGAAAGAAUAUCAAAAGAAAUUAAGGCAAGACCUUUUAAAAGAAGCUGAACAGAAUUUAGAAAGCUACAAUAACGAAAAACGUGGCAGAGAAACUUAACGGAGGAAGUUUACAUAUAUCCUAUUCUUCCCUCCCUAUAAAAAAUUGUGUUUUUUUUUAAUAUUGGAAUACUCAAAACAGAAAAAAAGCUCAUUCUGCAGACUUAUUUGCUUUAUGACUGUAUUACACAAGUUUUUCAUAAGAAAAAGAAAUAUUUUUUAAUUGUCAUCUUUUUUUUUCCUGUUGUAAAAUUUACCUUUGUAUUUUUCUUUUUGUUUUUUUUUUGUUGCAUUUACCUACACGAAAAUUUUAAACGAAACAAAAACAAAAUCAGCUAAUUUCUACCUAUCUGAGAACAAGAAACAAGAGGAGAAAAGAUAAUAUUUUUAGUUAAAAAAAUUAAUGUAAUAUAAUUAAAAAUUAUGUGCCAAAGGAAGAUAAAUUAUUUCUUUUCAUAUCUUUUAAGGGAAAAUAUCUAUUCAUUUAUCUUUUUUAUUUUUUAUAAUUUUUGUGCCUAAGAAAGACAAAUGAGAGAGAGAGAGAGAGAGAGAGAGAGAGAGAGAGGUUAGGGGAAGGGAGGGGAGAAAGAUAGACAAGGAAAGGGAUAAAGAUAACUAACAGAGAGAGAGAGAGAGAGAUUGAUAAAGAAAGUCUGUUGGUUCAAAAACUAUUUAUAUUUAGAGUUAGCUGAUUGAAUAGCGUUUUUAAAAAAAAUUCUGCUCGCUGUGACUGUGAUACUCCAAUUCAGUAUUUUUCUUUUAUUCUUAUAAAAUAUUAACUUGAAAGUAUGGAGA